GCAUUGGCUAUCGUUUCUAUUGUUACAAUGUGAUGGUGAAUGUUCUUGCCUUGUACUUGACUUCAAUAGGAAUAAUUACAAUGUUAUGUUAUAAAGGAAGUUGCUGGCUUUAGUAUAACAUAUAUAUAUUUAAAUUAUUACGAAUUCUAAUUUUUAUUGGGAAUGAUGCUGGACUUUACAAAAUCCUUUUCAGCAUCAACUGAGAUCCUCAUAAUGUUUUCCUCCUUUGACUUAUUAAUAUAAUCAAGCAUAUGAGAAAAUUUUGUUAUUGAACUAUUGCCAUACUAUACACAUGAAAUAAUUUCUCUUAAUUUUGUUAUAUUAUUUGUAAUGUAGUGCUGGGUUCCAUUUGUUAGUAUUGACUUUUACAUUAUAUCCAAAAGGAAUUUAACCUGUAGAUUUCCCUUGUGUGUACUUUUUAACAGAUUUUAUUUUAAAACCAGUCUUUCAGCUCAUCCAAAACAGAGGGAUUACUGGUGAAAAUGCCUUGAGGGCAACCACCUGAAAUGGACUUAAUAAAAAAACAAAACAAAACACGAAGAAGAAAAAGAAAAGGAAAAAAGCUAACAACACUGUGGUUUGUCUACUUUUGCGGAAAUUUACAACACUAUAUACUUGCUAUACCUUCUUUCUGAUGUUAAUCCACAAGCUAUUGCAGCCAUUAAUUAAGGAUAUUGCUUUUCUUUCCAAUAAAUACAUGAACUUUCUUUCAGAGGCAAACAGAGGCAGAUGUUUCAUGAAAGUUUCUGUUCAUCCCAACCUGCCUUUCCGACCUCCCUGAUAGAUGAUCCAGAACAUUUAAAAAUGGGGGAAGAACUGAGAAAAGGGCUCCAAUCAUUCACUUGUGUCUCCAAUCCAAGGAGCCUGGCUUGUUAUUUACUUUCACCACUCAUCCCUGCUGCUGCUCUUUAGUUUUUGUUGUUUCCCUCAACUGACUUUCCUCAUCUUUGCUGCAUUCAUCAAAGCCCAGUGUAAAUUCCCCUCUUCCAUAAACUGAGGAAUCCAGCCCAUUUUACAUAGCAAACUUUCUCUUAGCUGCUAUACCUACUCAAAGUUUGGCUGCACAUUUUAGCUAUAAUUGUUCUCAAAUUGUUUCAAGAGUGCUAGUUUUCUUUCUUAGGCUCCAGGUUAUCUCCUUGGGAGCGAGGACUUAAAAUCCUGCUGUGGAUUUUCCGUUGUGUUUAGCCCUAUGAGUAAUCACAUUCAAUGCAUACUUGCAAGGCAUAUUUGACUGAAGAUAUCUAUCAUAGUUAUUCAUUUAGUAAAUGAUAUAAUGAAAACUCAAGUGCUCGCCAAAGAUAAAUCAUUACUAUUAAUUCCCUCAUUCAUCACACAUGUAUAGCAGCCUCAGGGGCUAGGGAACCUAGGAUUGCUGCUUUGACUUUCUUGGGGAAGCCAAAUAAGCCUCAGAUCUCUCCACUUUGGAGCCAGCCAUGAAAUUCAGAUUUACCUAGGGCUCAACAUUAAGGGUCUCAGACUAAAUUUAUCUUCAGGUACCCUUUCCAGAGUGGACCAGUUUACCUUAUACCUCUGAGAAUAACCCAAAACUUUCAAAACUCAAAUCACAGGAUAUUAUUUGUUCAUGAAUUCAGAAAGACUCUCUUGUUUAACUAUUGAAACUCAAAUAUUUCGGCUUGCAGCAAGGAGGGGUAUAGCUGUCUGGAUAUACCUUGGCCAAAUUUCAGUGUAUAUAGAAAAGUGGGAGGUUAUCGACUAUGUUAAAUCUUUUCCUUAAAUUUUCAAACUUCGGGAUUAUUUUAGUCUCAUAGAUAAAAUAACAAGGCAAGUAUUUACAAACUUUUUUCAAAAAUAUGAGAAUUUGAGUUUUCCCUGGGGCAUUUGGCGUUGUGCUGUCACCACACCUUUGAAGAUAGCUUUGCAACUGUGGGAAAACUCACCGGGCUUUUUUCGUUGACCCCGCCAUUUCUAAGUUGCUAUAUUGCUGCAAGGAGCUGGCAAAGCCGUGCUCUUCCUCUCUCCCAUUCUCCUCUUCCUUUCGAAGACCAAAGCGCCCCAUGAGAAAAUAGAAACAAGGCUGCGAGGCAGCGAAGAGUAAGGGAGGAGCCAGCACUUACGCAUUUUUCACUCUCCUCCUCACUCCCUAGGGUCAUAGUUUUGAUUCUGAAGUUAGAAGUGUGGGGGUCGUCGGCUGCAUUUUCAACUUGGCCUAAAAGUUGGAGUUCACACUGCAGGCGCUAGGAACUUUGCCGCUCGGUCACCAACCUGAGCCUCUGGCUAGUCCGAAGAACGCGAAAAGCCAGGCCCAAGGCACUGGUUGUCAUGGCAACCGGGGCGCUGGUCUCCCUGGCGACCUCGUCCCUAGGGGGGAGGCGGAGCUGGAUGCCAGGCGGGCCAAUGAGGUCGAGGGGAGCUCGGGGUCGGAGAUCUGCGGUCCUCCCAGUGCCGGGGAAUGGUUGAGUGACAGGACCGGGGGGCGGAGCCGGCGCGGCUGCCCGAGGUGGAGCCCCAGUAGUGCGAGUAGCUCCAGCGGCCGCGCUGAGGCGAGGGUGACACACCAUGCUCACGGGCCCUGGAGACCGUCGUGCUGGCGAGCCGUGCUCCGUAGCUCCCUGGUCCGCCUCGGCAGCGGUCAGAGUCGCCUACAGGAGUUGAGCCGCCCCCGCCAGAAGGUUUUGGUGAAGCUCUUGGAGAGGCGUCGAGCACAGUAGGGCGGCGGGGGUGCGUUGAGCGCUCGAGGGUCAGGCAGUCGGCCGGGAUCGCCGCUGGGGGAGCGUUUCCGAGGCGAGGAGGAGGAGGAGGAGAUGCUGCUCCUCUUCUCCCCCUCCCCAGGCUCCUUCUCCAGCUCCUUCAGCCCACGCCCGCAGCCGCUUGUGGGAGAAGAGGUGGUGGCUCUCGGCGCCCGCGGCAGCUGCCGGCGGCCCGCCCCGACGCCGCGUCCCUGCAGCCCUCGCCCGGCGCUCCAGUAGCAGGACCCGGUCUCGGGACCAGCCGGUAAUAUGCACGUGUCACUAGCUGAGGCCCUGGAGGUUCGGGGUGGACCACUUCAGGAGGAAGAAAUAUGGGCUGUAUUAAAUCAAAGUGCUGAAAGUCUCCAAGAAUUAUUCAGAAAAGUAAGCCUAGCUGAUCCUGCUGCCCUUGGCUUCAUCAUUUCUCCAUGGUCUCUGCUGUUGCUGCCAUCUGGUAGUGUGUCAUUUACAGAUGAAAAUAUUUCCAGUCAGGAUCUUCGAGCAUUCACUGCACCAGAGGUUCUUCAAAAUCAGUCACUAACUUCUCUCUCAGAUGUUGAAAAGAUCCACAUUUAUUCUCUUGGAAUGACACUGUAUUGGGGGGCUGAUUAUGAAGUGCCUCAGAGCCAACCUAUUAAGCUUGGAGAUCAUCUCAACAGCAUACUGCUUGGAAUGUGUGAGGAUGUUAUUUACGCUCGAGUUUCUGUUCGGACUGUGCUGGAUGCUUGCAGUGCCCACAUUAGGAAUAGCAAUUGUGCACCCUCAUUUUCCUACGUGAAACACUUGGUAAAACUGGUUCUGGGAAAUCUUUCUGGGACAGAUCAGCUUUCCUGUAACAGUGAACAAAAGCCUGAUCGAAGCCAGGCUAUUCGAGAUCGAUUGCGAGGAAAAGGAUUACCAACAGGAAGAAGCUCUACUUCUGAUGUACUAGACAUACAAAAGCCUCCACUCUCUCAUCAGACCUUUCUUAACAAAGGGCUUAGUAAAUCUAUGGGAUUUCUGUCCAUCAGAGAUACACAAGAUGAGGAGGAUUAUUUCAAGGACAUUUUAUCAGAUAAUUCUGGACAUGAAGAUUCUGAAAAUACAUGCUCCCCUUACCAGUUCAAAACUAGUGGCCCGGAAAAAAAACCCAUCCCUGGCAUUGAUGUGCUUUCUAAGAAGAAGAUCUGGGCUUCAUCCAUGGACUUGCUUUGUACAGCUGACAGAGACUUCUCUUCAGGAGAGACUGCCACAUAUCGUCGUUGUCACCCUGAGGCAGUAACAGUGCGGACUUCAACUACUAGAAAAAAGGAGGCAAGAUACUCAGAUGGAAGUAUAGCCUUGGAUAUCUUUGGCCCUCAGAAAAUGGAUCCAAUAUAUCACACUCGAGAAUUGCCCACCUCCUCAGCAAUAUCAAGUGCUUUGGACCGAAUCCGAGAGAGACAAAAGAAACUUCAGGUUCUGAGGGAAGCCAUGAAUGUAGAAGAACCAGUUCGAAGACACAAAACUUACCAUGGUGAUGUCUUUAGUACCUCCAGUGAAAGUCCAUCUAUUAUUUCCUCUGAAUCAGAUUUCAGACAAGUGAGAAGAAGUGAAGCCUCAAAGAGGUUUGAAUCCAGCAGUGGUCUCCCAGGGGUAGAUGAAACCUUAAGUCAAGGCCAGUCACAGAGACCAAGCAGACAAUAUGAAACACCCUUUGAAGGCAACUUAAUUAAUCAAGAGAUCAUGCUAAAACGGCAAGAAGAAGAACUGAUGCAGCUACAAGCCAAAAUGGCCCUUAGACAGUCUCGGUUGAGCCUGUAUCCAGGAGACACAAUCAAAGCGUCCAUGCUUGACAUCACCAGGGAUCCAUUAAGAGAAAUUGCCCUAGAAACGGCCAUGACGCAAAGAAAACUGAGGAAUUUCUUUGGCCCUGAGUUUGUGAAAAUGACAAUUGAACCAUUUAUAUCUUUGGAUUUGCCACGGUCUAUUCUUACUAAGAAAGGGAAGAAUGAGGAUAACCGAAGGAAAGUAAACAUAAUGCUUCUGAACGGGCAGAGACUGGAACUGACCUGUGAUACCAAAACUAUAUGUAAAGAUGUGUUUGAUAUGGUUGUGGCACAUAUUGGCUUAGUAGAGCAUCAUUUGUUUGCUUUAGCUACCCUCAAAGAUAAUGAAUAUUUCUUUGUUGAUCCUGACUUAAAAUUAACCAAAGUGGCCCCAGAGGGAUGGAAAGAAGAACCAAAGAAAAAGACCAAAGCCACUGUUAAUUUUACUUUGUUUUUCAGAAUUAAAUUUUUUAUGGAUGAUGUUAGUCUAAUACAACAUACUCUGACAUGUCAUCAGUAUUACCUUCAGCUUCGAAAAGAUAUUUUGGAGGAAAGGAUGCACUGUGAUGAUGAGACUUCCUUAUUGCUGGCAUCCUUGGCUCUCCAGGCUGAGUAUGGAGAUUAUCAACCAGAGGUUCAUGGUGUGUCUUACUUUAGAAUGGAGCACUAUUUGCCCGCCAGAGUGAUGGAGAAACUUGAUUUAUCCUAUAUCAAAGAAGAGUUACCCAAAUUGCAUAAUACGUAUGUGGGAGCUUCUGAAAAAGAGACAGAGUUAGAAUUUUUAAAGGUCUGCCAAAGACUGACAGAAUAUGGAGUUCAUUUUCACCGAGUGCACCCUGAGAAAAAGUCACAAACAGGAAUAUUGCUUGGAGUCUGUUCUAAAGGUGUCCUUGUGUUUGAAGUUCACAACGGAGUGCGCACAUUGGUCCUUCGCUUUCCAUGGAGGGAAACCAAGAAAAUAUCUUUUUCUAAAAAGAAAAUCACAUUGCAAAAUACAUCAGAUGGAAUAAAACAUGCCUUCCAGACAGACAACAGUAAGGUAUGCCAGUACCUGCUGCACCUCUGCUCUUACCAACAUAAGUUCCAGCUACAGAUGAGAGCAAGACAGAGCAACCAAGAUGCCCAAGAUAUUGAGAGAGCUUCGUUUAGGAGCCUGAAUCUCCAAGCAGAGUCUGUUAGAGGAUUUAAUAUGGGACGAGCAAUCAGCACUGGCAGUCUGGCCAGCAGCACCCUCAACAAACUUGCUGUUCGACCUUUAUCAGUUCAAGCUGAGAUUCUGAAGAGGCUAUCCUGCUCAGAGCUGUCGCUUUACCAGCCAUUGCAAAACAGUUCAAAAGAGAAGAAUGACAAAGCUUCAUGGGAGGAAAAGCCUAGAGAGAUGAGUAAAUCAUACCAUGAUCUCAGUCAGGCCUCUCUCUAUCCACAUCGGAAAAAUGUCAUUGUUAACAUGGAACCCCCACCACAAACUGUUGCAGAGUUGGUGGGAAAACCUUCUCACCAGAUGUCAAGAUCUGAUGCAGAAUCUUUGGCAGGAGUGACAAAACUUAAUAAUUCAAAGUCUGUUGCGAGUUUAAAUAGAAGUCCUGAAAGGAGGAAACAUGAAUCAGACUCCUCAUCCAUUGAAGACCCUGGGCAAGCAUAUGUUCUAGGAAUGACUAUGCAUAGUUCUGGAAACUCUUCAUCCCAAGUACACUUAAAAGAAAAUGAUGUGCUACACAAAAGAUGGAGCAUAGUAUCUUCACCAGAAAGGGAGAUCACCUUAGUGAACCUGAAAAAAGAUGCAAAGUAUGGCUUGGGAUUUCAAAUUAUUGGUGGGGAGAAGAUGGGAAGACUGGACCUAGGCAUAUUUAUCAGUUCAAUUGCCCCUGGAGGACCAGCUGACUUGGAUGGAUGCUUGAAGCCAGGAGACCGUUUGAUAUCUGUGAAUAGUGUGAGUCUGGAGGGAGUCAGCCACCAUGCUGCAAUUGAAAUUUUGCAAAAUGCACCUGAAGAUGUGACACUUGUUAUCUCUCAGCCAAAAGAAAAGAUAUCCAAAGUGCCUUCUACUCCUGUGCAUCUCACCAAUGAGAUGAAAAACUACAUGAAGAAAUCUUCCUACAUGCAAGACAGUGCUAUAGAUUCUUCUUCCAAGGAUCACCACUGGUCACGUGGUACCCUGAGGCACAUCUCGGAGAACUCCUUUGGGCUGUCUGGGGGCCUGCGGGAAGGAAGCCUGAGUUCUCAAGAUUCCAGGACUGAGAGUGCCAGCUUGUCUCAAAGCCAGGUCAAUGGUUUCUUUGCCAGCCAUUUAGGUGACCAAACCUGGCAGGAAUCACAGCAUGGCAGCCCUUCCCCAUCUGUAAUAUCCAAAGCCAUUGAGAAAAAGACUUCCACUGAUAGUAACCAAAGCAAAACUAAAAAGCCAGGCAUUUCUGAUGCAAUUGAUUACUCAGACCGUGGAGAUUCAGACAUGGAUGAAGCCACUUACUCCAGCAGUCAGGAUCAUCAAACACCAAAACAGGAAUCUUCCUCUUCAGUGCAUGCAUCCAACAAAAUGAAUUUUAAAACUUUUUCUUCCUCACCUCCUAAGCCUGGAGAUAUCUUUGAGGUUGAACUGGCUAAAAAUGAUAACAGCUUGGGGAUAAGUGUCACGGUACUGUUUGACAAGGGAGGUGUGAAUACGAGUGUCAGACAUGGUGGCAUUUAUGUGAAAGCUGUUAUUCCCCAGGGAGCAGCAGAGUCUGAUGGUAGAAUUCACAAAGGUGAUCGCGUCCUAGCUGUCAAUGGAGUUAGUCUAGAAGGAGCCACCCAUAAGCAAGCUGUGGAAACACUGAGAAAUACAGGACAGGUGGUUCAUCUGUUAUUAGAAAAGGGACAAUCUCCAACAUCUAAAGAACAUGUCCCGGUAACCCCACAGUGUACCCUUUCAGAUCAGAAUGCCCAAGGUCAAGGCCCAGAAAAAGUGAAGAAAACAACUCAGGUCAAAGACUACAGCUUUGUCACUGAAGAAAAUACAUUUGAGGUAAAAUUACUUAAAAAUAGCUCAGGUCUAGGAUUCAGUUUUUCUCGAGAAGAUAAUCUUACACCGGAGCAAAUUAAUGCCAGCAUAGUAAGGGUUAAAAAGCUCUUUCCUGGACAGCCAGCAGCAGAAAGUGGAAAAAUUGAUGUAGGAGAUGUUAUCUUGAAAGUGAAUGGAGCCUCUUUGAAAGGACUAUCUCAGCAGGAAGUCAUAUCUACUCUCAGGGGAACUGCUCCAGAAGUAUUCUUGCUUCUCUGCAGACCUCCACCUGGUGUGCUACCGGAAAUUGAUACCGCGCUUUUGACCCCACUUCAGUCUCCAGCACAAGUACCUCCAAACAGCAGUAAAGACUCUUCUCAGCCAUCAUGUGUGGAGCAAAGCACCAGCUCAGAUGAAAAUGAAAUGUCAGACAAAAGCAAGAAGCAGUGCAAGUCCCCAUCCAGAAGAGACAGUUACAGUGACAGCAGUGGGAGUGGAGAAGAUGACUUAGUAACAGCUCCAGCAAACACAUCAAAUUCGACCUGGAGUUCAGCUUUGCAUCAGACUCUAAGCAACAUGGUAUCACAGGCACAGAGUCAUCAUGAAGCACCCAAGAGUCAAGAAGAUACCAUUUGUACCAUGUUUUACUAUCCUCAGAAAAUUCCCAAUAAACCAGAGUUUGAGGACAGUAAUCCUUCCCCUCUACCACCGGAUAUGGCUCCUGGGCAGAGUUAUCAACCCCAAUCAGAAUCUGCUUCCUCUAGUUCGAUGGAUAAGUAUCAUAUACAUCACAUUUCUGAACCGACUAGACAAGAAAACUGGACACCUUUGAAAAAUGACUUGGAAAAUCACCUUGAAGACUUUGAACUGGAAGUAGAACUCUUCAUUACCCUAAUUAAAUCAGAAAAAGGAAGCCUGGGUUUUACAGUAACCAAAGGCAAUCAGAGAAUUGGUUGUUAUGUUCAUGAUGUCAUACAGGAUCCAGCCAAAAGUGAUGGAAGGCUAAAACCUGGGGACCGGCUCAUAAAGGUUAAUGAUACGGAUGUUACUAAUAUGACUCAUACAGAUGCAGUUAAUCUGCUCCGGGCUGCAUCCAAAACAGUCAGAUUAGUUAUUGGACGAGUUCUGGAAUUACCCAGAAUACCAAUGUUGCCUCAUUUGCUACCAGACAUAGCACUAACAUGCAACAAAGAGGAGUUGGGUUUUUCCUUAUCUGGAGGUCAUGACAGCCUUUAUCAAGUGGUAUAUAUUAGUGAUAUUAAUCCAAGGUCCAUCGCAGCCAUUGAGGGUAAUCUCCAGCUAUUAGAUGUCAUCCAUUAUGUGAACGGAGUCAGCACACAAGGAAUGACCUUGGAGGAAGUUAACAGAGCAUUAGACAUGUCACUUCCUUCAUUGGUAUUGAAAGCAACAAGAAAUGAUCUUCCAGUGGUCCCCAGCUCAAAGAGGUCUGCUGUUUCAGCUCCAAAGUCAACCAAAGGCAAUGGUUCCUACAGUGUGGGGUCUUGCAGCCAGCCUGCCCUUACUCCUAAUGAUUCAUUCUCCAUGGUUGAUGGGAAAGAAAUAAAUGAAAUAUCGUACCCCAAAGGAAAAUGUUCUACUUAUCAGAUAAAGGGAUCACCAAACUUGACUCUGUCCAAAGGUAGUUUUCCAAAUCAGUCAUCUAAUUACUCUAAAUGCCGUAAUAAUUCAGAAUCUUAUAUACAAGAAGAUGACAUUUAUGAUGAUUCCCAAGAAGCUGAAGUUAUCCAGUCUCUGCUGGAUGUUGUGGAUGAAGAAGCCCAGAAUCUUUUAAAUGAAAAUAAUGCAGCAGGAAACUCCUGUGUUCCAGGUACAUUAAAGAUGAAUGGGAAGUUAUCAGAAGAGAGAACAGAAGAUACAGACUGCAAUGGUUCACUUUUACCUGAGUAUUUUACUGAGGCUACCAAAAUGAAUGGCUGUGAAGAAUAUUGUGAAGAAAAAGUAAAAAGUGAAAGCUUAAUUCAGAAGUCACAAGAAAAGAAGACUGAUGAUGAUGAAAUAACAUGGGGAAGUGAUGAGUUGCCAAUAGAGAGAACAAACCAUGAAGAUUCUGAUAAAGAUCAUUCCUUUCUGACAAACGAUGAGCUUGCUGUACUCCCUGUCGUCCAAGUGCUUCCCUCUGGUAAAUACACGGGUGCCAACUUAAAAUCAGUCAUUCGAGUCCUGCGGGGUUUGCUGGAUCAAGGAAUUCCUUCUAAGGAGCUGGAGAAUCUUCAAGAAUUAAAACCUUUGGAUCAGUGUCUAACUGGGCAAACUAAGGAAAACAGAAGGAAGAACAGAUAUAAAAAUAUACUUCCCUAUGAUGCUACAAGAGUGCCUCUUGGAGAUGAAGGUGGCUAUAUCAAUGCCAGCUUCAUUAAGAUACCAGUUGGGAAAGAAGAGUUCGUUUACAUUGCCUGCCAAGGACCACUGCCUACAACUGUUGGAGACUUCUGGCAGAUGAUUUGGGAGCAAAAAUCCACAGUGAUAGCCAUGAUGACUCAAGAAGUAGAAGGAGAAAAAAUCAAAUGCCAGCGCUAUUGGCCCAACAUCCUAGGCAAAACAACGAUGGUCAGCAACAGACUUCGACUGGCUCUUGCGAGAAUGCAGCAGCUGAAGGGCUUUGUGGUGAGGGCAAUGACCCUUGAAGAUAUUCAGACCAGAGAGGUGCGCCAUAUUUCUCAUCUGAAUUUCACUGCCUGGCCAGACCAUGAUACACCCUCUCAACCAGAUGAUCUGCUUACUUUUAUCUCCUACAUGAGACACAUCCACAGAUCAGGCCCAAUCAUUACGCACUGCAGUGCUGGCAUUGGACGUUCAGGGACCCUGAUUUGCAUAGAUGUGGUUCUGGGAUUAAUCAGUCAGGAUCUUGAUUUUGACAUCUCUGAUUUGGUGCGCUGCAUGAGACUACAAAGACACGGAAUGGUUCAGACGGAGGAUCAAUAUAUUUUCUGCUAUCAAGUCAUCCUUUAUGUCCUGACACGUCUUCAAGCAGAAGAAGAGCAAAAACAGCAGCCUCAGCUUCUGAAGUGACAUGAAAAGAGCCUCUGGAUGCAUUUCCAUUUCUCUCCUUAACCUCCAGCAGACUCCUGCUGUCUAUCCAAAAUAAAGAUCACAGAGCAGCAAGUUCAUACAACAUGCAUGUUCUCCUCUAUCUUAGAGGGGUAUUCUUCUUGAAAAUAAAUAAUAUUGAAAUGCUGUAUUUUUACAGCUACUUUAACCUAUGAUAAUUAUUUACAAAAUUUUAACACUAACCAAACAAUGCAGAUCUUUGGGAUGAUUAAAGGCAGCAUUUGAUGAUAGCAGACAUUGUUACGAGGACAUGCUGAGUCUAUUUUUAAUGCACCAAUCUUCUUUAUAGCAAAAAUGUUUUCCAAUAUUUUAAUAAAGUAGUUAUUUUAUAGGGGAUACUUGAAACCAGUAUUUAAGCUUUAAAUGACAGUAAUAUUGGCAUAGAAAUAUUGGCAUAGAAAAUUGUUUACUGUAUGAAUUUCUAAUGUUUACUAUAUAGAAUUUCCUGUAAUAUAUUUAUAUACUUUUUCAUGAAAAUGGAGUUAUCAGUUAUCUGUUUGUUACUGCAUCAUCUGUUUGUAAUCAUUAUCUCACUUUGUAAAUAAAAACACACCUUAAAACAUGAACAAGCCAAAA